AUGAGGUCAACCCCUCUGGCACAAGCCAGUUUCGGCUAUGCGAUAUGCAUCAUUCUGGUCACAUAUUGCACCGGUGCUAUGGCUCAUGAUAACAGCUCAACGGAAACCAGACUGACCGUUGCAAAUGACGGCGGAAACAAGUCAAGUCCCAUACUGUACGGAAUCAUGUUCGAGGAAAUGGACCAUUCAGGCGACGGUGGAAUUCAUGGACAGCUGCUUCAGAAUAAUGGCUUCCAAGGCACCAGUCUGAAUAUCACCGCAUACGCACCAGUGGGGAAUGCGACGAUAUCCCAAGAUUCAUCAAAGCCAGUCAGCAAGGCUAUCACGUCUUCUCUGAGAGUUGAAGUGCCCAAAGGCGUCACGGACUACGUUGGAUUUGCCAACACCGGAUACAAUGGAAUUCCCGUCACAGGUGCCGCAUACAACAGCUCGUUCUGGAUGAUGGGUGAGUAUUCGGGAACUAUCAACCUGCAGCUUCUUGGAUCAAAAAGUGGCAUCAUCUAUGCCGAUCACAACGUUACUGUCAAGAGUACGAAGUCGAAGUUCACCGAGUUCAAAACCAGAUUCAACACCACAUACUCUCCGGAUGGGCAUAAUGAGUGGCAUCUGACUUUUGAUGGCUCGAAGGUAGGCGGGGGCUCAUUGAACUUUGGAUAUAUCCAGCUGUUUCCGCCGACCUUCAAGGGACGGGAGAAUGGACUGAGGGAUGAUCUUGCUUCCUUUCUAGACGAGAUGCAUCCUGCAUUUCUGCGAUUCCCCGGUGGAAACAACCUUGAAGGAUUGCAAGUCGAAAGCCGCUGGAAAUGGAACACCACGAUUGGCCCGGUAGUUGAUCGACCAGGAAGGGAAAGCGACUGGUUCUACCCGAACACAGAUGCGAUUGGCCUGGAUGAGUAUCUGUGGUGGUGCGAAGACAUGAACAUGGCACCUCUUCUAGCUGUUUGGGCCGGUAAAUCCUACGGAGAUAUUCUGUCCGGGCCAGAUCUCAAACCUUUCAUCGAAGAUAUCAUGAACGAGAUGGAAUAUCUUUUCGGCGACUCUUCAACGCACUAUGGCAAACUGCGCGCUCAGAACGGCCGCAAAGAACCGUGGAAUGUUGACCUCAUUGAGAUUGGUAACGAGGACGACCUCACCCGUGGCUGUGAAAGCUACCCUGAUCGUUUCAAUCAGAUAUACAAGGCCAUCCACGACAAAUAUCCGAACAUUACGCUCGUUGCUUCGAAUGGAGACCCCAAAUGUCUACCAUCGCCACUACCCAAGGAUGUCAUCAUCGAUCUACACCUCUACCGAAAGCCAGACGACUUUGUCAAGUUGUUUAACCAAUUCGAUAACCAGCCACGAAACCAAUCCGUGAUGAUCGGUGAAUUUGGAUGUCGCAAUAGCUCCAGUGCCGAAGGCGAAUAUUGGCCCUACAUGCAAGGAAGCUGCAGCGAAGCCGUUUACAUGAUUGGAAUGGAGCGCAACAGCGACAUCGUCAAGAUGGCGUCUUACGCACCCAUGCUGCAACACUUCGACUUUGUGUCUUGGUCGCCCACUCUUUACGGAUUUAACAACACCCCCGACUCCAUCACGCCCUCGACAUCAUAUUUCGUCCAGAAGAUGUUCAUGACCAAUAAAGGUGACACCAUUCUCCCUGUCGAAUCAUCGGCCGACUUCGGACCAUUGUAUUGGGUUGCCUCGAAGACAGACUCGAAAUAUUAUUUAAAACUGGCAAACUAUGGCACCGAUCAUCAAAGCGUGAAAGUGAGCAUCCCAGGCACAAAGUCCGGGAGGCUGGAGAUUCUCGCUGGUCCUCGAUACCAAGGCGAUACACCAUACCAUGCACAAAUUCAGACUGUCACCACCAGCGUUUUCAAUCCGCAGGGUAAUUACUCGAUCCAAAUGGAGCCCUGGGCCAUCGCUGUUUUGGCCGUCUCUUGA